AUGACCAUGUUUCACAAGGAGGUGGAAAUCGAGGACAUCCAGUACAAUGAGGAUUCAGAGAUGUGCUUCUACUGCUGCCCUUGUGGGGACAACUUCUCCAUCACCAAGGAAGAUUUAGAGAAUGGGGAAGAUGUGGCAAUAUGUCCUAGCUGCUUUCUCAUUAUGAAAGUGAUUUAUGACAAAGAUCAGUUUAUGUGUGGAGAAUCAGUCCCAGCCCCUUCAGUCAGCAAAGAAUAG